CAAAGGGGAAGAGGAGGGAGUGUAAGUUUUCUUCUCCUGGUAGACUUUCUUCAAAUAUGGAGUUAUCCAUGGGGAUUGGCCACCUAUCACUCUCCCACUCCUCUUCUACCUCAUCUUCUCUCUCUAGAUUAUACCCAAUUCCUUGCUUAUCAGUUUUAAACAGGAAAAAGAAAAUAAAUUUGAAGGUAUCAUCUGCAAUUCUCCAGGAGGAGGAGGAGGAGUCUGGUGGUGAUGGUGAAUUCUUGACUGGUAGAGAGAGGAGACAGUUGAGAAAUGAAAGAAGAGCAUCAACAACAAACAACUGGAGAGAAGAAGUGGAGGAUAAGCUACUCGGGACUAAGUUUUCGAGGAAGAGAUUUGCUACUUGGACUGAAGAGCUUAACCUUGAUAAUCUUGCUUUACUUGGUCCUCAAUGGUGGGUUGUUCGUGUUUCUCGUGUUUCUGGUCAAGAAACUGCUGAUGUUAUUGGUCGAACUCUCAAUAGAAAAUUUCCCAAUAUUGAUUUUAAGAUCUAUGCUCCUGCUGUACGGGUGAAGCGGAAGUUAAAGAAUGGUUCUAUUACAGUUAAACCAAAGCCCCUAUUUCCUGGAUGUGUCUUUUUAUGGUGUGUGUUGAAUAAGGAGAUACAUGACUUCAUCAGAGAUACACCUGGGGUUGGUGGCUUUAUCGGCUCUACAGUUGGAAAUACGAAAAAGCAGAUCAAUAGGCCCAAGCCUGUGUCUUCUAACGAUAUGGAAGCAAUCUUUCGGCGAGCAAAAGAAGAACAAGUACAAACUGACCAAGCAUUCGAGGAAGAACAGAAGGUACAGGCACUUGCUAACGAGGGAGAACCAAAUCCAAAACCCAAAGUUGUUAAAAAAUCUGUGACGGCGGAUGCUAAAAGGAAAAACAGAACAAAGAAGGGUGCAAAGCCUGCUGUGGAAAACACAUCACUGCAACAGGAUCAUAAGUUGCUUGUCCCGGGUUCAAGUGUUCGAAUAGUGUCUGGGCCUUUUAUGGAGUUUACAGGCAACCUUAAGAAGCUGGAUCGAAAGACUGGAAAGGCCAUUGUGGGAUUUAUGCUAUUUGGAAAGGAAAGCUUAGUGGAUGUUGAUGCAAAUCAAAUUGCCGUUGAGGGCCUUGAGGCAUCAUAACGACAGGUUUCACAUUUUGUAAAAUUAGAAGUUUUUUUUGGUGAAAACUAGUUCUUUAUAUUGAUGUAAAAAUUUGUGGUUAUUCGCCUUCAAGGUUCAAGCAUCCUCAUUUGCUGCUA